AUGAAAGACGAAGGGGUUCAGCCGGAUGCCACCACAUACGAAUACAUCCUGGAGGCCUGCGCAUCUGAAGGACGUCCUGCGGAGGCUCGCGCAGCAUUCGAUGAUAUGCUCGCCAUGGGGAUACAACCGACACGGACAAUGUUUCAUCAUCUACUCUAUGUAUUGCGCAGAGAAGAUGCCGGAGAAAUGUGGAGCGUGUUGGAGACAAUGAGGCAAUUCCUCGUAGCUCCUAACGAGACUACAUACGAGAUCAUCAUCCUCCGGUAUACUCAAGACGACCAUAUUGAACUCGCCCUGCAAAACCUUGCAGAGAUGGGUGCACGCGGCCUCUCUCCGACGCUAAAAACUGCAACGACUCUCAUAGAGUCGGCGGGUCGGCUGGGAUACCCCCGCCUGGCACUGGAAUUGGCUGAGGCGUUUGAAGCAACUUCGGUACGACGCCUUGAUGGCGACGUCUGGUUAGAAUGCUUGCUCUCGUCUGCCGAAGCAUUAUACGAGGAUGGAGUGCUGCGGACGUGGCAGAAGGUCGUGCACGAGCUCCACAUCACGCCUGACGAAGGUUGUUGCUUGCAAGUCCUGCACGCUGCAGGCCGUAAUGGACUUGCUGCCCUCGGCCUCGAUGUGCUUCAAGUUCUCGGGAAGAUCGGUGUGGCUUGGGAAGAAUACCACUUCGCGCCGGUCAUCGAAGCUCUAUGUAAAGGCAAAGAGAAGAAUCUCAAGGAUGCUCUGGCCAUGCUAGACUUGAUCAGAAGCCAUGACAUCACCCCUGGAGCCGAAACAGCCUUCCCUAUAUUUGAGAUGAUCUCAAAGGAUGCGGAUUCGGUCGACGAAGCGUGGGGUAUCCUCGAGACGCUCCACGAGGAAGGCAAGAACAUCGACAUUACAGCGAUCAACGUCGUCGUCCAGGCUUCCGUGGCGAUUGGGGAUCUCCAGCGCGCUGUGGGCACGUACAAGACUGCCGGCAAGCUCGGUGUCAAGCCGAACAUCGAUACAUAUAAUUUACUCCUCGCAGGCUGCAUCGCUGCGCAACACCGGCCGCUCGGUGACCGCCUGCUGACUGAGAUGAAGGAGGCGAAGAUCAAGCCCGACAUCCGCACAUACGAGAGGCUGAUCGUGCUUUGUCUGACGCAGACGGUGUACGAGGACGCUUUCUUCUACCUCGAGGAGAUGAAGACCGAGGGUCAUCUCCCACCGCUCGCAGUGUACGAGGCGAUCAUCCGCAAGUGUGUCGCGCUUGGAGACCCACGGUACAAACUCGCGGUGGAAGAGUUGUUGGAAUGCGGGUAUGAGCUGUCGUCCGGGCUCAAUUCGUUCAUCCAGUCGGGCGGAACACACGAUGGGUCGCACCCUAAGGAGCGUCCCCGAAGUGUUGAGAGAUCAUUUAGAACCAGGACCAAGCGAGAGGACUUCCUGAGGGGCGUCCAGGAACCAGUGGAAUUGAUGAGCGAUCAGGUUUCCUAG